GAAUAAAGUGGCUUUUAAAACUAAACACUAGCAAAAUGAAGUUCUUCCUGCUGUUUUCCCUCAUUGGGUUCUGCUGGGCUCAAUAUGACCCACAUACUGAAUAUGGCCGAACUGCUAUUGUCCAUCUGUUUGAGUGGCGCUGGGUUGAUAUUGCUAAGGAAUGUGAGAGAUACUUAGCUCCUAAUGGGUUUGGAGGGGUGCAGGUCUCUCCACCCAAUGAAAAUAUUGUAGUUAACAACCCUUUUAGACCUUGGUGGGAAAGAUACCAACCAAUUAGCUACAAAAUAUGCUCAAGAUCUGGAAACGAAGAGGAAUUCAAGGACAUGGUGAAUAGGUGUAACAAAGUUGGUGUCCGCAUUUAUGUGGAUGCUGUCAUUAACCACAUGUGUGGAGAAGGGGCCCAAGCAGGAACAAGCAGUACAUGUGGAACUUAUUUCAACCCACACAACAGGGACUUCCCUGGAGUUCCAUACUCUGGUUGGGAUUUUAAUGAUGGAAAAUGCAGAAGUGGGAGUGGAGGCAUUGAGAACUACAAUGAUGCUGCUCAGGUCAGAGAUUGUCGUCUGUCUGGCCUUCUGGAUCUUGCACUUGGGAAAGAUUAUGUUCGUACCAAGGUGGCUGACUAUAUGAACCAUCUCAUUGAUAUUGGCGUAGCAGGGUUCAGACUUGAUGCUUCUAAGCACAUGUGGCCUGGAGACAUAAAGGCAGUUUUGGACAAAUUGCAUAACCUAAAUACAAAAUGGUUCUCUCAAGGAAGCAGACCUUUCAUUUAUCAAGAGGUAAUUGAUUUGGGUGGUGAGGCAGUGACAAGUAAUGAGUAUUUUGGAAAUGGUCGUGUGACAGAAUUCAAGUAUGGAGCAAAACUUGGCACAGUUUUACGCAAGUGGAAUGGAGAGAAGAUGGCCUAUUUAAAGAACUGGGGAGAAGGCUGGGGUUUCAUGCCUUCUGACAGAGCCCUUGUGUUUGUGGACAACCAUGACAAUCAACGAGGGCAUGGUGCUGGAGGAGCAUCCAUCCUGACAUUCUGGGAUGCUAGGCUGUAUAAAAUGGCAGUUGGAUUUAUGUUGGCUCAUCCUUAUGGAUUCACACGAGUAAUGUCAAGUUAUCAUUGGCCAAGAUAUUUUCAGAAUGGGAAGGAUAUCAAUGAUUGGGUUGGACCACCAAAUAACAAUGGAGCAACCAAAGAAGUGACCAUUAAUCCAGAUACAACUUGUGGCAAUGACUGGGUCUGUGAACAUCGAUGGCGUCAAAUAAGGAACAUGGUUGCCUUCAGAAAUGUAGUCAAUGGACAGCCUUUUUCAAACUGGUGGGAUAAUGGUAGCAACCAAGUAGCUUUUGGCAGAGGAAACAGAGGAUUCAUUGUAUUUAACAACGAUGACUGGUCAUUGUCAGCAACUUUACAAACUGGUCUUCCUGCUGGCACAUACUGUGAUGUCAUUUCUGGAGAUAAAAUUGAUGGCCAUUGUACUGGAAUUAAAGUCUAUGUUUCUAAUGAUGGUACUGCUCAAUUUUCUAUUAGUAACACUGCUGAAGACCCAUUUAUUGCAAUCCACACUGAAUCAAAAAUAUAAAAUUUAAAAUAAAUAUAUAUUGAGAGCAUCAA